CGGAAACUAGUAGACCGUGGAGAGAUUGGUCAGAGUGUACAAAGUGCUGUUGUCUGAUCAAACAUCUUCCCUGUCAGUACAUAGCAGCACACAUCAGUAGAGAGACAGAGACAUGAGCAAUUCAUCUGAAGAUCUCCUGAUCAUCUAUGAGGCAGAGGCCGAGCAGUGGGCAUCAUACCUGCACUUCCAUCUGGUAGGGCCAAUUCCUGAGGCUGGCAUCUGUUGUUAUGAUAUUGCUUUGGUGACAAGUCGCCAGGAUGACUUCCUGCGACUUAGUGGAUACAAAUGUAAGCUGCUUAUCCUGUCGCGUGGCAUGCUGGAGGGGCUAUGCCAGCUCCGGCGGUACUUUCUGAAUCGUGUAUUACGACCAGAGACAAGUGUGGUGAUUCUCUUAUGUGGAGUGGAAAGCUUGGAUCCUCUGCUAGAGCUGGUUCCACUAAAGAGAGAGCAGUGUCUCCAAAUCUCCAGCGAGCAGGAGCCCCGGGACUAUCAACUUGCUGUGGCAGAGAUUGUUCACAAAGGUGGACAGGAAGCAGCAGAGGAUGGACUAUCACUCCAGAAGCUGAAAAUACAGAAGAAACUGUCUAGUGGUGCUCUGGUCACAAAUCAGUCUUUACUGGUUCUACCCAGCCGUGUACCAUGUGAGGUGAGACACACAAAAGUGUCUUUUUUAUAAUGUGCCAAUUUUAUAUAGACUUUUUUUUUUUGUUACUUAGUUCACCCAGAAAUUAAAAUUUUGUCAUCACAUAUUCACCCUCAUGUCAUUUCAGUCAUAAGACUUUUGUUCAACUAUGAAAAACAUUUUAAGAUUUUUUUUUUAUUAAAACCUGAAAGAUUUCUUUCACCUCACCUAAAGUUGAUGUAGCUGAAACUUACGUGUAAACAAAACCUAAAUUAGUUUAUAUGGUUUACUUUUUAAUUAGUUUCUUUAUAGACUUUGUCAUCAAUUUCUUAAUUAAAAUUUUGAAGCUUAAAAGUUUGGGUAGAAUGGAUUUUCAAAAACAGAAAACUCCCAGGUUUCAUAAAAAAUAUAUCCAAGGGCUUAGAUGGUACAAUAUAGAUUACAGCACGCAAUGUACAGUGAAAUUAAAUAUAAUUUAUAGCAUAACUAUUUGUAACUAUAAAGUACAGUACCUCCACAGUACCUUCUCAUAGGCAUAAGUGAACAAUAUGCAACGUUUGGGGAUAAGGGGCAAUAACCUGCAAAAUUAUAAAGCAUUUAUACUGUAGGUAUUUUAUAACUAAAAGGUACCUAUUCUAAUCCACAAUUUUCCGCAUGAUCAUAACUUAAAGAUGAACGUACGUGUAGGUAAAGGGAAACAAGUGGGGAAUAAUGGGGUAAUGACUUGGGAAAUUAAAGGUAUUUACACUGUUAGUAUUUCAUAAGACAGGUAUAACUAUUCCAAGAUUAUGUGGUAUUUAUAACCUACUGUGUUAGGCAACAAUGUUAUUGUUUAUAACAAGUUGCCUUAUUGUAACAACACAAAAUAUAUGAUGCAACACAUUUUUACACUAUGUACUGGUUAGGCUACUUAUUGUAUUAUUACAAGCAUUGUCACAAGCAUUGUAUCGGCGAGGUGCAAUACAGUGGAAAAGCAGAUUACCUGUUAGAAGAAAAUAUGAUGUUUAUGAAUCCAGGUGUCAAAUUAUGAACUAUUGUUCCUUAAUGUUUUAUUGCAGUGGCCCUUUUGCGAACAGGAUAUAAUUCAGCCAAAAAAUCAAAGCAUUUGAGAAAAUCAGUACUCUCCAUAGGCAUAAUGGUUUUUAAACUGUACAAACUACUAUCCCCAUACACCCAAUGCUGUACCUAAACCUACCUCAGGAAAAUAUUAUCAAUUUCUGAAAUUCAUUAAACAACAUUAUUGGCAAAAUUGUACACAAUGUGUGGUAGUCAGUUUUGAUAUGUGUUAUGUUAUUUGUUGGUGGUAAGUUGCAUGGGGGUUACGUUCUUCCACCUACACACUAGGGGGCAUAGACAGGGCCUUACGGUAGUUGUGGAGGCUAUAUGAGUAAGACAGGUAAACCAGUGGAUGAGAAUUACAAUCAGGAGAACCCACAUAGUUUUUCAACCGUGCAUGCCUGCAGGUGUGGAUGUUUGUGAUGGAUUUUGUCAUGUUCAGCUAUUAGCACCAUGUUUAAUGUUGCUUGCAUACGUAUGAGCUCAAUUUACAUAAGUAAAUGCAAGCAGCAGUGUUUGUAAGUAAUUCUACUCUGCAUAAAAUAAAGUGUUAAUCGAGUGCCAUGGCAGACGUGAUUUAUUGCACCAUUACGCGUUGGAGACGACUUCAAAUUAUUAUUAUUUAUUAUUUUGUAUUAUUUUGUAAUUUCUUUCAAAUAGCCUCAUAAACAUAUAUAUUUUUUUCUUUCUGAUCAUUAAUGCAGCCAAAUAUUUUUCUUAUAUAAAUGGAAAACUCUUUGGAUGUGUUUGUGACAAACACAAUUUCUUUACUUCAGAAAACUUUUUAAAUGUAUGACUGAACUUUUAUCAUUUGACAGAUCUAUGUUUCAGAUUAUUUACCCGAGGAUUGCAUGUUGUUUUCUAAUGUUCACUUAACUUUUAUUGGUGUAAAUGUUCAUAUCUAGAACACAAAACAUUGUUUUGGGGAUACAGAUGAAGCUUCAUGCUUAUCAAGCAGUUUUAUUUUUGUUCCCACUUUAUAUUAGGUGGCCUUAACUACUAUGUACUUACAUAAAAAAAUAAGUACAAUGUACUUAUUGUGUUCAUAUUGUAUUGUAAAACACUUUUGCUGCUAUUGAGUUGCGAUAGGGGUAAGGUUAGGGAGAGGGUUGGAGGUAUGGGUAAGUUUAAGAGUGGGUUAAGGUGUAAAGUAUGGGUCAACAGUGUAAUUAUAAAUGUAAAUACACUGUUAAUGUAUAAAUGUAAAUACAGAUGUAAUUACAUGUAGUUUUUUUUUUUUUUUCUAAGUACAAUGUAAAAACAUGUAUGUACAGAAUAAGUACAUUGUACUAUAUUAUUAAUUAAAAUGUAAGUACAUAGUAGUUAAGGCCACUUAAUAUAAAGUGGGUCCUUAUUUUUUUCUGACCAUUUGUAGGUAUCAUGUCAUUUUAAAUGAUUUACUAAAAGAUUAAAAGCACCAGAAUCUGGGAUUUUCAGCAUGAAAGAGUUGUACAAGCUGAGGAUUUUGAACUAUUAUCAUAACUUCCUUUUGACCCUAAUAAACUGGUAAUGAAUUCUGUGGCAGGUGAAACAGUAUACUGUUCUCAUAAUAUGUGUAAAUAGCAGCACUAAAAGUAUUUUUGCAUGCCAGCAGAUUUUUUGGUCUAAAAAUCACAAUAUUGUUGACACACUUUUUUUUUCCAUAUACCCCUAGAUUUAGACAUAUUGUUAAGAUUUUGGAUGGUCAUUCAGUUUGUUGCUAGUUUGUUGGGCUGUGUAUGUUUUUAGGUGAAGACUCCUCUUUGUGAGCUGUCUUCAUAAUAGGAAUAAAUGAACAUUAAAAAAUUUAGUAACAGUCUUUCUCUUAGAGAUUUCUUUUAGUGCAACUUCACAAAGUGCGAUUACAUGAAACAUCAACACAGAAAGGAAGUCUGUUUUACCCUACAAACUAUUACAACUAAAACAAAUCAACUAUUGCACUGAAAGCUGUACAUUGAAGUUUCCACAGUCUUGUAAAGAGUAUAGAUAUAUUUCAUCUAUAGCCUUUUGUACUUUCAAGAGACCAAAUCAUAGAGAAAGAUAUGUACUCUAUAAGAAAUAGAGUACAGCAAGAAAAUAAAUGUUUCUUAUGCAUACAGAUUUUGUAAAUUGUGAAAGAUUUUAUUUUGUAUUUUCAUUUUUUUUUAACUCCUCCAUAAGUUUAUGCCAAUUCUCGUAUGGGAAAGGAGCAUAUUGAUCACAUACCUUUUCAUUUAAGGAAAUGAUUAAACAUUUGACUGAACAUUUUAAUUAUUUUGACAAACCUCCAUUUCAAAUAAUUUUCCUUGGGGUGUUUAUCAACAGAAUAUUUUUCAACACAAUGUCAUUAUUCAUUAAAGAAUGUUAUCAGUUACUGUCGCCAUCUUCUUUGACUCAAAUAAAGCAACAUCUCUGGUGUAAGUAAACAUCUUAAAUGUGCUAAACAUCGUUGUUUCUCAACUUCAGUCAUAUUUGUGAGAUGUAAUUAAAACACAUUUGAGAACUAUGACAUUCCACGCUUUUGUAAAGGUUCUAGAAAAAAAAAAAAAAUCUAAUAUAAUCUUUACAUAUAAUACAUUUUAUCUAUGCAAAACAAAUUGACAAAAAAAAAAUCACUGAAUUACGAAAUGCAAAAUUGUAUGCAGCAUUUAGCCAAAGAGAAUUUUAGCUUUGAGCACAUAAGAGAAAUCCUCUCCUGUUCUCUGUUGUGAAUGUGUGAUUUUUAUAGAUAAUCAUUGAUAAUUGUUUUUGCAUAACUUUCAGGUGAUGAGUUCUCUCUGAUUGUGGUCAAACAUGCAGUGUAUGUUCAUAGGAAUUUAUGAACAACUACAGCAAAAAAUAAAUAAAUAAAAGGAUAGUCAUUCUGGAUGAGUCCUUUUUUGGUUGUCUUUUAGGACCUUAUCUACGAUCCUGUCUACCUGUGUCAAAAAGACACAUAAUAGCCCUAACCUCUACUUGAAAAAUGAGUCUUGUCAUUUUCUGUUUUGACUGUUACACUUAAUACAAACCCAUCUAUUACACAUAAAGUUAAACAUUAAGGAUGCCACAGACACUAUUUCCUUUGUCUUGGUCUCUAAAGAUUGCUACAGUAAAUAAAUCACAAAUCACAUGCAGUUAAUUAGUUAAAAGGGACAUUUUUGGAGCAUUUUAGACAGUCUACACCAACACACAGACACGUUUCACUGUAUGUAUUCAUCUGACCAAAAGGUUUCUACUUUUAUUUAAAAUAAUAUGGCAUGAAGUUACCGUCCUCAACAGCACAGUCCCCUGAAAUAUUGUAGUAUAUCUUUAUUUAUUUAUUUUUUUAAAUAUCUAAGUGUAUUUAGCUUAAAUGUUAGUUGAUGAUGUUGAUAUUUUUAAGAACAUUUGAUAUAGUUAAACAUUUUUAAUUUUAUUGCAAAUAUUUCACCAAACCUACAGGACUGAAAAAUAGGUUUACCAUCAGUCCACAUUUCAGCUGUUGACCAGAAAUGCAAGUGAACAUCCCAAGGUUACGAAUGUAACCCUAGUUCCUUGAAGGAAUGAGACGCUGCGUCGAAUGCUUUGGGGAACGCCUUUGGCAAAACCGACUCUGAAUAUCAUUUGCAAUCUGUCCAAUGGAAGGGCGUGACGUCAUGGGCGGGGUGACGCAAUGACCGGGAAGCUAUAAAAGCACAUGCCAUGCCGCUAUCUUCAGCUUCGAGUAGGGAAGCAAGCGCUGGCAUGGGUUCCAGGAGUAUGGCGAUACGACGCAACGUCUCGUUCCUUCGAGGAACUAGGGUUACAUUUGUAACCUUGGGACGUUCCUCUUCAAAGGCUGCAUUGAGCGCUUUGGGGAACGAUGUGCCCACACUGCCAGACUUACUAAAAUCACUGCCUAGUGUGUAUCCGAAGAGCACAGCUAAGGCGAGAGAAAGAAGAGCCAGGAGUAGCUCGCAUAUCUAUGUUGUAAAAUCUGACAAAAGUGGAGGCGUGGACCAUCCCGCAGCAUUGAAGGUGUCCAAUAGGGAUACACCUGCUAAGAAGGCCUUAGAGGCCGCCAUACCCUGUGUAGAGUGAGCCUUGGCUCCCAACAGCGGGGGAAGAACAGAGGACUCAUAGGUAACAUUGAUAGCCUCAACUAUCCAACGACUAAGGUUCUGUGUAGUUGCAGAAAAAAAAUCCCACUUUGGUGGGACCAUGGCACACAGGCCGUCGGUCCGUCUUUGUCCACAGGGCAGUUCUGUGGACGUAUGUGUCUAGCACUUGAGCUGGAUACAUACAAUUAGGAGGAAAGCAGAAGGCCUGCAGUACUACUGAUUGUGGUGGGACAGAGGGAUUUUUUUUUACAUAACCCACUCGAGGGUAUAAGAGUGCUUUGGCCAUGGCGGGCACAAAGUCUAGGUAGGUAGGGGCCAUUGAAGGGGCCUACAGUUUAAAGGGUCAGAUGUAUAUCUCAAAUAUCCUGAGCUGGCUCAAAUGGAGCUUACACAGAGCCUCUAAAACCACAACCAAUCCCAGGGGGGAAACAGGACUCUACUGGAGGCCUCAGCCUCAGUGCACUAUGGAGGACACAUGUCACUAUGGGGUGUCUACCGACUGAUUGAUCACUGGAAGGGACAUGGUAAGCUGCAAUGGCCACCACGUAAGCCUUUAAGGUGGAGUGGGUUAACCCUGCAGUGGGCCUGGCUUGUAGAAACUCCAGAACUGUACCGAUUGGGCAGUUAACAGGGUCAAGCUGGUGGCCUCUAAGAGUUUCCACCUCAGGGCAUACAGUUUCCUCGUUGAGGGUGCUCUGGAUUGGAGGUGGGUCUCGGCAACCUCAGUUGAGGGACUGGAUGCUAUGAGUUGUGCCCCCUCAGGAGCCACACCCACAGUUUCCACAACUCUGGGCAAAGGUGAAAUAUCUCUUGAGUCGCAAAGAGUUCCAAAAACUCUCCAUAUCUGCUUCACCACCUUGGGGUGAAACCACCCGGGCCUCGGCCCGUCUCGACAGUAUGUCUGUUCCCACAGUCAAUCUCCCAGGAAUUUACACUGCUCCAGAAGAGAUGAGUUUGUCCUGGGACCACAGAAGGAUCUGGUGUGCCAGCUUGUACAGGGGCACGAACACAGAUCUCCCUGGUGACUGAUA